AUGCAGAGCGACUCUGCAUCGGUUCUUCCAGGUUCAGAUGCUUUCUUUGCUAGCACACUGAGGUACAUUCAAUUUCAAAAACAGAAGGGCGGUAUAUUGGGUGAAAAGUAUGAUUCUAUCAAGGUCUAA